AUGGGCAAGACAGCCCUCCUAAUUUUUCUUGUACUGAUCAGCACAGCGUCAAGCCAGUGGGGAGAUGGCUGGGGCGGACCAUUCGGAAUGGGCGGCGGAGAUCCAUAUGGUUUCGGAGGAGGAGGUCUUGGACCGCAAAUCAGCCCCGGAAUGGGCGGAGGUUUUGGUGGUGGAUUCUCUCCUUUGGAAAUUGGGCAGUCAGAAGGCAAACGGCUAACAGAAGCCGCCAGCGAAUUCGUUGAUACCGAUGAAGGAAUAUAG